AUAGAUGAGAACCUGGACAUGGUAAAGUUCCUUGUAGAAAAUGGAGCUGAUGUCAACCAGCAAGACAACGAGGGCUGGACCCCUCUUCAUGCCGUGGCAUCAUGUGGCUAUCUGAACAUAGCAGAGUUCUUAAUUAGUCAUGGAGCCAAUGUGGCAGCUGUGAACAGUGAAGGUGAGGUCCCAUCAGACAUCGCAGAGGAAGCAGCCAUGAAGGACCUGCUUCUGGAACAAGUGAAGAAACAAGGUGUAGACAUAGACCUGGCAAGAAAAGAAGAGGAGCAGCAGAUGCUGCAGGAUGCCCGACAGUGGCUGAACAGUGGGAGGAUUGAAGAUCCAAAGCAGCCUCGCACGGGCGCCACGGCUCUUCACGUCGCUGCAGCAAAGGGCUAUUCUGAAGUCAUGAGGCUCUUGAUCCAGGCUGGGUUUAACUUGAAUGUCCAGGACAAUGAUGGGUGGACACCGCUCCAUGCUGCGGCGCACUGGGGAGUGAAGGAAGCCUGCUCCAUCCUGGCUGAGGCCCUGUGUGAUAUGGACAUCAGGAACAAGCUGGGCCAGACACCGUUCGACGUGGCUGAUGAGGGCCUGGUGGAGCAUUUAGAAAUGCUGCAGAAGAAACAGACUGUGUUGCGAAGUGAGAAGGAGACGAGGAAUAAGCUGAUUGAAGCUGACAUGAAUGGCAAGCCUCAAAGCAGACUCUUCCCCAACAAGGAGAAGAUUCUUUAUGAGGAAGACACACUGAAGUCCAUGGAGAUGGAGGAAGAGAACAAGGACUCUAGCAGUUCUAGUUCUGAAGAGGAGGAGGAAGCUGAAGAUGAAGUUUCAGAAUCAGAUGCUGAAAAGGAAUCAGAAAGGAAGGAAGAGCCCUUUGCCAACCACUCCAGCCAUGAAACCAGGCCUAGCAUCACUGAGCAAAUACCACCACCUGAGCCCAACUCCUUCACUGCAUCUGCCAGAAGAUUCAGUUGGCUCAGCAAGGCCGAGGAGCAGAAGGACGAGUCGCCUUCGUCGUGGCGGCUGGGGCUGCGGAAGACGGGCAGUCACAACAUGCUGAGUGAAGUUGCUGCUACUCGGGAGGCACAAAGAGAUAAAACUGCUUCUAUCUAUCGUUCUUCCUCGAGCCCUCGCAUAUCUGCACUGCUGGACAACAAAGAAAAGGAUAAAGACAACAAGAGCUAUUUUGCCACAAUAGCCCCCAGAAGACUAAGCAGUACGAGUGAUAUAGAAGAGAAAGAAAACAGGGAAUCAGCUGUGAACCUGGUGCGGAGCGGCUCCUACACCCGGCAGCCGUGGAGGGAUGAGCCAAAGGGAAACGAAGCUCCUCAUUCUGGUGCACCUACUACCUACGUGUCUACUUACUUGAAAAGUGCUUCAUUUGGUAGAAGUAGUGACCUCAACAGUCCCUACAUUUCAGCCAGUCGCAAUACAUCUCUAGCUACCUCACCCACUACCACUGGUUCAUCUACCUCACUGGGCACCCCGUGGCAACCUGUCUCUUCCUGCCCCACAUCUCUCGGUGUGAACACUACUGCAUCAGCCCGCCAGUAUACCAGAGCCCCUUUCAGGCAACAAACUGAUUCUGCUGUAGAGAAAAAUACAGAGGGCAUCUGUGCUAGCACCCCCCUAGGUGUAAUCACAAACCGUGCUGUACUCGGCUCUGCUAACGGUAUUGCGAAUGCCGGCGCUGCCUCAACCCCAGGGAAGGACUUCUCAGCUGAGGAAGCCAGGGAGCGCCGAAGGUCAUAUCUGACUCCGGUGCGGGAUGAGGAAGCGGAAUCCUUGAGGAAGGCACGAUCCAGGCAGGCCCGGCAGACCCGCAGGUCCACACAGGGGGUGACCCUGACAGACCUUCAGGAGGCCGAGAGAACCUUCAGCCGGUCCCGAGCAGAGCGGCAAGCGCAGGAGCAGCAGAGCGGGACAGCCGGGAGCACUGAGCCUGCUGAGGACAGCAGCGAGAGGCAGGAGACCCGCUCGCGGUGGAGCAGGAAUACAGAUGAGGAGACCGUCUAUCGGCGAUUAAGGUGCCCAGUGCAACCAGACAAACCUACGACAACACCUUUAUCUCCUUCAACAUCAGCACCUCUCCUCUAUACAAGUUCAUACCUGACUCGAGCAAAUAAGUAUCUAGGUCUUGACCCUGUGAACCCAGCAGACUUCAGAGGUGCAGCCACAGAGAUGGAGAAGAAUGAGUGUGAAGAUCAGGAUUUGGAUGACAGAUCUCCCAACAAACAGUCGAUCCGGGAGAGGCGGCGGCCAAAAGAGAGGCGAAGAGGCACCGGCAUCAUUUUCUCAACAAAAGAUGAUGAUGAUGAAGUUGAUGGAAAUGAGGAAGUGAAGGAAACUCGG